AUGUGGACGGAAAAGAAAGAACGAAACAUUGUGCAGAUGGUGGAUAAAGAACCUCGACUAACAGCCGUACAAGAAACCCUCAUGGACAGUCGGUGGGCGACCACAGAGCUGGCCUGGACUACAUACCCAGAAAGUGGGUGGGAGGAAGUGAGCGGCUACGACGACUCCAUGAGCCCCAUCCGAACCUACCAGGUGUGUAAUGUCCGGCAGCCCAACCAGAACAAUUGGCUGAGGACGGACUAUAUCCCACGCAGGGGUGUGCUGCGCGUCUACGUGGAGCUCAAGUUCUCGGUGCGCGACUGCGCCAGCAUCCCCAACAUCCCCGGCUCUUGCAAAGAGACUUUUAAUCUUUUUUACUACGAAUCGGAUGGGGACGCGGCCUCCGACGGCGGCCCCCUUUGGAGGGAGAACCCUUACGUCAAAGUGGACACCAUCGCCCCCGAUGAGAGUUUCUCCCUCCUGGAGGCCGGCAGGAUCAACAGCAAAGUGCGCAGCUUCGGACCCCUGUCCAAGUCGGGUUUUUUCUUGGCCUUCCAGGACCUGGGGGCCUGCAUGUCGCUCAUCUCCGUACGGGUCUUCUUCAAAAAGUGCUCCACCACCAUCGCCAAUUUCGCCGUCUUCCCCGAGACGGCCACGGGCGCCGAAGCCACCUCUUUGGUCAUCGCUCCGGGGGCUUGCGUGUCCAACGCCAUGGAAAUGUCGGUCCCGCUUAAGCUCUACUGUAACGGGGACGGAGAGUGGAUGGUACCGGUGGGCGCCUGCACCUGCGUCGCCGGUUACGAACCCGCCGCCGAUCGCACCCAGUGCCAAGCUUGCAUCCCGGGGACGUUCAAAUCCAAAUUUGGGGACGGAUCCUGCGCAGCGUGCCCGUCCAACAGUCGCAGCGGUGCCCGGGGGGCCAAUCUUUGUCCUUGCCAAAGUGGCUACUACCGCGCUGACAGCGACCCACCUGACACAUCCUGCACUACUAUCCCGUCAGCCCCUCGCAACUUAAUCUCCAGCGUGAACGAGACGUCGCUGUCCCUGGAAUGGGAAGAACCAGAGGACGGCGGCGGUCGGGACGACCUGGUCUACAACGUGGUGUGCAAGAAAUGCUUGCGCGAGCGCAGCCCGUGCACGCGCUGCGACGACAAUGUGGACGUCUCGCCGAGGAGGCUGGGCUUGAGGCAGCGGAAGGUGGUGGUCAGGAACCUGCAGGCUCACACCCGCUACAGCUUCGAGGUGCAGGCGGUCAACGGUGUCUCCGGGAAGAACCCCGCCAGCCCGCGCUACUCCACCGUCAACAUCACCACAAAUCAGGCCGCACCAUCGGCCGUCCCGACGGUCCAUCUGAUGCGAUCCACCGCCGACACGCUGAGCCUAUCGUGGCUGCCGCCGGAGAAACCCAACGGCGUCAUUCUGGACUACGAGAUUAAAUACCACGAAAGGGGCCAGUCCAUGUCGCACACCGUAACGUCCCAGCACAGCUCGGCCAAGGUGGAGGGGCUGAGGGCCGCCACGCCCUACGUGGUGCAGGUCCGAGCUCGCACCGUGGCGGGAUACGGUCGAUACAGCAACCCCAUGGACAUCAGCACCAGCCUGCACAGUGAUCCACAGAAGUCUGUGCAAGACCAGCUACCCCUCAUCAUAGGUUCCGCUUCUGCCGGAUUGGUGGUCAUCGUUGCCUUAGUGGUCAUUGCCGUUGUCUGCCUGAAGAAGCAGCGCAGCGGCUCGGAGCUGGAGUACACCGAGAAACUGCAGCAAUACAUUUCCCCAGGCGUCAAAGUGUACAUCGACCCGUUCACUUACGAGGACCCCAACGACGCCAUCCACGAGUUCGCCAAGGAAAUCGACAUCUCCUGCAUAAAGAUUGAAGAAGUCAUCGGCGCGGGCGAGUUUGGCGAGGUGUGUCGAGGGCGGCUGAAGCAGGCCGGCCGCAGGGAGAUGGUGGUGGCCAUCAAGACCCUGAAAGCGGGCUACACGGAGCGCCAGAGGCGGGACUUCCUGGCCGAGGCCUCCAUCAUGGGCCAGUUCGACCAUCCCAACGUCAUCAGGCUGGAGGGCGUGCUGACGCGCAGCUGCCCCGUUCUCAUCAUCACCGAAUUCAUGGAGAACGGCGCGCUCGAUUCUUUUCUGAGGCUGAAUGACGGGCGCUUCACGGUGACUCAGCUGGUGGGGAUGCUGCGCGGCAUCGCGGCGGGGAUGAAGUACCUGUCGGAUAUGAACUACGUGCACAGAGACCUGGCCGCCCGCAAUAUCCUGGUCAACAGCAACCUGGUGUGCAAGGUCUCCGACUUCGGUCUGUCACGCUUUCUGGAUGACACUUCUGCUGACCCCACUUAUACCAGCUCCUUGGGGGGGAAAAUCCCCAUCAGGUGGACAGCGCCGGAGGCCAUCGCCUUCAGGAAGUUCACCUCUGCCAGCGACGUGUGGAGCUACGGCAUCGUUAUGUGGGAAGUGGUGUCGUACGGCGAGAGGCCGUACUGGGACAUGAGCAACCAGGACGUGAUGACUGCCGUCGAGCAGGACUACCGUCUUCCCCCGCCUAUGGACUGCCCCAUGGUGCUUCACCAGCUGAUGUUGGAGUGUUGGAUGAAGGAGCGCAACCUGAGGCCCAAGUUCUCACGUAUCGUCAACACCUUGGACAAGCUGCUGCGGAACGCCGGCAGCCUCAAAGUGGUGACCAGCACGUACUCAGGGGACCUGCUGAGGCUCGGAGGGACGCUGCCGGGGCACAACAGGAAAAGUCCGGACAACGGCGAAGAAAUCGUGCGCCAACAAAUGAGCCAGACGCUCCCCAUCAGAGUGUGA